AUGGCGUUCCUUCAGAAGACGAAGACUUGCUCCCACAUCAGCCUCUCACUUGGAUCUGUGACGAUUAACAGAGCGGCCUACAAGACGCCAAAUUUGGCGCUCUUCCACUGUCACCGACUUGAAGAUGUCAGCCUUAACGGCUCGAACUUGGGUGACGAAGGGCUGGAGGCCAUAGCGAUAGCGCUGGGAAAGUGUCCCGAGCUGCACUUGGUUUCCCUGGCGGGUUGUGGCCUAACGGACAAGUCCAAAGACCCAAUCGCCAAAAUCAUCGCCCUGCAUGGAGUGAUAAAAGACGAAUCGACAUGGAGCUCUAGCUUGCGUGGUGAAGCUCCGCCGGUCGCAUCGUCACCCGAUCUGAUGAUCAACUUAUCGCGCAACAGCCUUGGUGAUGAGACUGCAGAAGCGAUCUGCGACGCACUUCACAACGACAAGUGGCUGCUCGGCCUGAACCUUGGGAGCAACCUCCUUUCACGCCUAGGAACGGAGUUGUUUCUCGAUACACUGACUAAGCGCAACCAGACCUUAGCUGUUCUUGCUCUUGCUAACAUGAAAACCCCAGGCUCAAUAUUGCACGACCGCAAUCGUUAUCUUCAGCAGGUGGCCACAGAAUCGCGCGAAAAACGAAUGGCACUCGGCGGUUUGCUCCUUGAGUGGGGCGUUGACAAAGACACAGUGGUCGAAGUCUGCUAUCUGGAGACACUUGGAAAAGUUGCGAAGGGAAAAGGCAACACGCCCGAAACGGUCUUAAAAAAGUCUACUUUGGCUUCUCCAAAAGCUCGAGCUGAUCGCGUUCAGCCCCAAUCGUCUGUUAGCAACGGCAGCCGUGCAUCUCUCAGCGCUAACAACAAUAGCAACGAUAGAUCGGCGGAAGACGAUGAAGGUGGCGACAGCAGCGAUGAAGUAGCUGCUUCGACAGCAGACAGUCACGUGAAAACGAUUGAGUAUCUCAUCGAGCAGCUGAGUUCUCUUGAGGCGGAGAAAAGAAAAAUGCAAGAAUAUGUGAAAAGGAUCGAGGCUGAAAACCGGCAGCUUCGAGCAGAACUUGAAGCUCAGCCACGAACAGGAGCAGAAUCGGGCAUCUCUCCUAUCGAAGCACAAAUUAUUGCGCAGCUAGAAACCUCGAUUAGUUCGCUUGCCGACCAAGUUGAAUUCAUGGAGCUCGAGAAGAACCACAAGUCGUCAGCUUCGUAA